AUGUUGGAUAGAAUAAAAAGUGGAGAUGUUGAACGAUGGAAAUACGACGCCAAUAAAAUUAUUAUGCUUGGUAAAAAGAUUUCCGCUGAUCCAACAUCUCUUCAAACGUUACAAUUUUAUAAUGAUUUGCUUAGCAUUGGUUCGAUUAAGAAAAAAGACAUUCUUGAAAUUAUUUCUCUUGGGCAAAGUUCAAAUCAAAUAAUCACUAUUGAAAUGUUGGAUGCUGUUUUUAAAAUUUUAAAUAAUCUUCCCAAUACGGAAAGAAACAUAUCUAAGAGAGCCAUAAUGCUAAGUUCUCUUGAUAUAAUUCCAGUAGAAUCUGAU